AAAAAAUUAAAAUUUUAUAUCUAAUUUCUAUAAGAAAUGGCAUAACCAACUCCAAGAAUUAUAAAAGAGACUUAAAAUUUAGCAAAAGAUAAGGUUUAAGGGAUUGAAGUAACUCCUGAUCCUGGAAAUUUUAAACAUUUUUUUGUGAUAAUAAUUGGUCCUCCUAAUACUCCAUAUGAAGGUGGUGUGUUUGAAGUUGAAUUACUUUUACCAGAUGAUUACCCUAUGGUAUUAUAAUAAAAUAUAUUAUAGUCACCACCAAAAUGUGUAUUCAAUACAAAGAUUUAUCAUCCAAACAUUGAUAAUUUAGGAAGAAUUUGUUUAGAUGUUUUAAAAGACAAAUGGUCUCCUGCAUUGUAAAUAAGAUCUAUCUUACUAUCAAUAUAAGUGUUGUUAAGCUCACCCAAUCCUGUAUUAUAAUUAUUUAUAAGUCAAGGAUGAUCCAUUAAAUAAUGAAGCAGCCAAUUAAUGGAAAGCAAAUGAAGGCCAAGCACUCAUGAAAGCGAGAGAAUAUACAUUAAAAUAUGCAAAAAAACAUUGAUAAGUAUGAUAUAUUGGAAUAAUAAAUAUAUAUUCGAU